AUGACUACUACGGCGGCACAAUUGAACGGAACUCCGUCCUCUUCUCCGACCAGUUCGCCGACUGUCUCUCCGCCGAUUCCGAACGUGGGCGACGAAGAGGAAGGUGUAGUGCAUUUGAUAACGGAUCUCAAGGACAAGGGGACGAAUUUUGUGUUGUUGAAGAAGACUCCACAGAUUCUGGAGUUGCAAACCAUCCUCAAAGACAAGUUGGAACUGCAAUAGUGUCCAGAAAGUGGAGUAAUUGUUCAGAACGACGACGCACUCCGAUUUCGUGUUCAACGCCGAUCGUCUGAUGCGUUUGGUGAUCGAAGAGGGACUGAAUCAUCUGCCGUACUCGGAGCACUCGGUGAUCACGCCGACGGGCUUCAAAUACGAAGGAAUACAGUUUAAUCGCGGCAAUUGCGGAGUGUCGUUGUGUCGGAGCGGAGAAGCGAUGGAAAUUGCUCUGCGACAGUGCUGUCGGAGCAUUCGCAUCGGAAAGAUUCUGAUUGGCGACGAGCAGAAGGUGUUGUACGCCCGAUUGUUGCCCGAUAUCACUUCCAGACGGAUUCUUCUGCUCUACCCGACUAUAGGGUGAGAUUUGGUUUAAAAUUGACUUAAAAAUGCGCUCAAAAAAACUUCAGCUUUGCUUCAAAUUAGUACUUUUGCUCGAUAAAAUGCUUAGAAUUCAGGCGAUUCUCUUUCAAUUAGUCACGAACAAUUUCAGCUCUGGAACGACAGUGUGCAAAGCGAUCGAAGUGCUGAAAGAGGCGAGAGUGCCCGACGAGAACAUCUAUUUGGUCUCCCUGUUCAUCUCGCCGACCGGCCUGAAGAAUAUAACUCGCAAGUACCCGUACAUCACUGUCGUCGCCUCGGACAUCACUUCGCUCUACCCGAAUCACUUCUCCACCAGCUACUUUGGCGCCGUUUAG